GAAACCAUUCUGAAUCAGGAAGUACCGAGCGUUAACAUGGCUUCGAAACGACAGGUCGAGAGUUUUACUGAAGAGGUAAUUUGUCCCAUCUGCCUGGAUUUCUUCACCGAACCUGUCACUCUGGAAUGUGGACACAACUACUGUCGCUCCUGUAUCACACAGUGUUGGGAAAGGCAGCAGAGAAACUCCUGCCCGGAAUGUAGAGAGAAGAUUGCAGACCGCACCCUAAAGGUCAAUCGGGCCUUAGCAAAUCUGUCUGAGAAAGCUCGAAAACUAAACCUGAAUCCGAAAGAGAAGGAAAGUAAACUUUACUGCGAGGAACAUGAGGAAGAGCUGAAGCUGUUUUGUGAGACGGACAAGACACUGAUCUGCGUGAUCUGUGUGACUGCGCGGGAACACAAGUCCCACAACUUCAUACCGGUUAAAGAAGCCGUUCAAGUCUACAAGGAUUGGGUUAAAUCUUCCUUCGACUCUCUGACAAAAAGCAAAGCAGACUUUGAGGAAAUGGAGCAGCAACAGAAGGAGAAGAUUUCCGGAGUUCGGAAACAGUCACACAUCCUUCAGUCCCACGUCACAUCACAGUUUGCUGAACUGCACCAGAUUCUCACCGAGAAAGAGCAGCGCAUUCUCAGAGAUCUCAGGGAAGAAGAGGAGAGGAUCCUAAAUCCAAUGGAGAAAAAUCUUCGAGAGAUUCAAAAGAAUUUAAAUUCUAUUCAGGAGGACAUCUCAAGGUUACAGGAACAGAUGGAUCAAAAAGAGAAUGUGAUAUUUCUCAAGGAGGAAACUCAUCAGAAGAGGAGAAUUAGUGACAACAUCCAGGAAUUCUCAGUGACAGAUGGUUUCCUUCCAGUUGAAAAAUUCGAUCACCUCUAUUUGUUGAACUCAGCGUUGAGAGAAACACUUGAUGACAUUAAUCGAGUCUCUGUCACCCUGGAUGUGGAAACGGUGAAUCCGCGGCUCGAGGUGUCUGAGGAUCGGAAGAGUGUGAGACGGACCGGGACCCGGAGGAAGCUCCCUGACACCGGGAAGAGGUUCACAUACUGGCCUUGUGUGCUGGGAUCGGAGGGGUUCACAUCGGGGAGACAUUACUGGGAGGUGGAGGUGACGGGGAAUCGGUGGUGGGAUCUGGGAGUUGCCGCAGAGUCUGUGAAGAGGAAGGGAUCGGUCACACCGAGUCCGGGGACCGGAUUCUGGAUCAUCGGGUGGGAUGAUGACGAGAUGAAGGUUCUCACCUCCCCUGACUCCCGUCUCCCUGCCGGUCCCAUCCCCGGGAGGGUGGGAGUUUAUCUCAGUUACCAGUCCGGGACAGUUUCAUUUUACAACGCGGAGACCAAGUUCCAUCUCCACACCUUCACUCGGAAUAAAUUCACGGAGAAACUUUAUCCUUUGUUCGCGAUUGGAUAUAAAAACGAGCGGCUGAGAAUCUGCUCCGGUUCCGCUCCGGGUCUGUAAAUGGUCGGUCCCGGGACCGGCGUCAGGAGUAAGUCAGUGUAAAUAUAAAUGUGCGGAGAGUGAAAUAAACACGAUGUGAGAAUUAUCGAUCCAUUAAUUUUAACUCGUUCACCGCAUUAGCCGGGUGAGCAGCCAGAAGCCGUGGUCCAUGUCGGUACCAAUGACCUGGGUCGGGCGAGUGACAGCUUCUGCUCAGCGAGUUCUGUACUAAGUUAAAGGGCUGUACCUUCAGGGUUGUGAUCUCAGAAUUACUCCCUAUGCCAUGUGCUAGUGAGAACUGGGAAGAUUAUACAGUUUAACAGGUGGCUAAGGAUUUGAUGUAGGGAGGAGGGUAUAAAAUUUUUGGAUUGUUGGUCUCUCUUCCAGGGGAGGUGGGAUCUGUACCACAGAGACUGUCUGCACCUGUACUGGAAGGGGAUUCAUAUGCUUGUGGGAAAGUUUAUUAAUGCUGCAUGGUGAGGUUUAAACUAGAGUUGCAGGGGGAUGAGAACAGCGAGUGGAGAAGUUGUUGAGACAGAUAUUGGUAAGACCUCAGACCAAGUCAGGAAUCAGAAUGUUGAGCAUGGUGUGACUGGUAUCUGAGCUGUGUAAAUCUCAAUAAAAGAAGUACCGUAGGAAAGGGGGAUGAGCUCAGGACAUGGAUCAACACCUGGAAUGAUGAUAUUGUGGUGCUCUGGGAGGGGCGUGGUCGACAGCUGCUGUGAAAUAAGAAAGGUCUGACCACAUUAAUGGGAUUAUAUUACAGACCAACCAACCAUACCGGGGAUUUAGAGGAACAAAUUUGUAAAGAGAUCACAGACCAUAGCAACAAACAUAAGAUUGGUAAAGUAAAUUAUUUUAACUUUCUACAUAUUGACUGGGAAUCCCACAUAUUGACUGGUUACCAGAGGAUUGGAGGAGAGCCAAUGUUGAUCCACUGUUUAAAAAAGGCUCCAAACAAAACCCAGAAAAUUAUUGACGUCAGUUGUGGGAACGUUAUUGGAAGGUAUUCUAAGUGACUGGAUGUAUAAUUUUUGAGAGACAUGGACUGAUUAAGGAUAGUCAGCAUAACUUUGUGUGUGGUCGAUCAAGUCUAACCAAUCUUACAGUUUUUUAAUGAAGUUCCCAGGAAAGUGGAUGAAGGCAAGGCAGUGGAUGUUGACUACGUAGACUUUAGCAAGGCAUUUCACAAGGUCCUGCAUGAGGGGUUGGUCAAGAAGGUUCAGUCGCUCAGCGUUCAAGAUGAGCUAGUAAAUUGGAUUAGACAUUGGCUUUGUGGGAGAAGCCAGAGAGUGGUAGUAGAUGGUUAGAUGGUUGCCUGGAGACUGGAGACCUGUGACUAGUGGUGUGCUGCAGGGAUUGGUGUUGGGUCCCUUGAUGUUUGUCAUCGAUAUCACUGAUCUGGAUGAUAAUAUGGUCACUGGAUCAGUAAAUUUGUGAAUGACACUGAGAUUGGGGGUGUAGUGGACAGUGAGGGCUCUGCAUCAGCUGGAGAAAUGGACUGAACAAUGGCAGAUGGAAUUUAAUGUCAACAAGUGUGAGGACAACCGGGGUAGCUCUUACACAGUGAAUGGUCGGACACUGAGCAGUGUGGUAUGUUACGUACCCCGUAAUGGGUUAAAACAACCAGCAGAAAUGGAACACAACUGGAGUCUGGUUUUGCUGUUAACAAAUGCUAUUUAUUAGUAACUGCGUAAUAAAGUAACAUAAAACCAGAUAAAUCAAGCAGGUUAACAAAAGUUAUACAUUUAUAGGUGUGUAAAUAUCAAACCUCAAACUUCUUCAAACUUAGGAUGGUAUUUGAUACGGUCUUUCGAUGGGAGGUAAAUGAAGUCAGUUCAGUUCAUGAUAUUGAGUUGAGUCGAAUUGAGGAGAGAGAGAGAGAGAGGUGUUGUAGUACACAAGUAUGCAGAUACCAUCGAUCCUUCCGUGGUUCUCCGACUCCCUUAAGGUCACCGAUUGUGACCACACUAAAGGGACCGUCUUCACGUGGUAAAGCGAUCAACCCAGGCAAGGGUUAAACACACUGAGAGCUUUUCACCAGUCACCCCCUUACACGCACUGAUAGUCACGGAUCGACUCUUCUUAAUCGAUCCUCAGCCGCACCCUUGUGGGCACUUAAAAGUUCAGUAGCAUCUGCGUGUAUUCUCCUGUGUGUCUACGUGUGUCUACUAAAGAGACAAUUACGCUGGUUUAAAUACUGGUGCACGAAACACCAGCUGUCCAUCAUGUAGCUCCUCCCUUCCGUCACCAUAGCAACUCACGAGCUGCUCGAUGUCUCUCUCUCUCUCUCUCUCUCUGAAACAGCGACACACUCUCUCUCUGUUUAAAGGCACAGUCCAUAAUGAAUAAUCCUUAGGAUUCCGUCACAGGUAGAGCAAAGUGAUCUGGGAAUAUAGGCCCAUAAUUUGUAAAAAGUAACGUCACAGGUAGAUAGGGCCAUAAAGAAAGCUUUUGACACAUUGACCUAUCGAAAUCCUGUAUUGAGUACAGGAGAUGGGAUCUCAUGUUGAAGCUGUGUAAGAUGAUGGAGAGGCCUAAUUUGGAGUAUUGUGUACAGUUUUGGUUACCUGCUUACAGGAGAGAUGUAAACAAGGUUGAAAGGGUACAGAGAAAAAUGACAAGGAUGUUGCCGGGUCUGGAGGACCUGAGUUAUAAGGAAAGAUAGAUUAGGUUAGGACUGUACUCUGUAGAAUGUAAACAAUUGAGAGGAGAUUUGAUAGGGGUGUACAACAUUGUGAGUGCUUGUCACUCUCACUUUCAGCUUCCACCACUGGCUAGCAGUUUUGUGAAAAGGAGAGCUGAGUGUGUAAGUCUCUCGACACGCCCUGGUGCUCGUGAACCAGAGCCCCAGAUAUGGGUAAAUAUCCCCACUGCCUCGUGAGCAGCCUCGGGAGAGACGGAAGCUACGGGAAUAAACCCAGACAGCAAUCCAGAGUGGAGUCCCUAAGGCAGCUGGACAUCAUUGAACAUCCUUCCAGCAGAUCCGACAACCAAGCUGGUGCCAAACAAGCUUCAUAAGCUUUCCUUUCGACCACACUCCUGAGGGUGAGAGGGGGAUUUUGACGACUGGCCAUCUCAGGGUCUCCAUACCUUCUGCCUCGGCUUGUUAUGAUGAUCAUCGUCACCCAUUGUCCUUCGAGACAGUUGGAUGCCAACACCAAUCGAUGGGCUGAAUGCAAGCAGGCUUUUUCCACUGAGGUGAGUAGGACUACAAGCAGAGAUCCUGGGUUAGGGUGAAAGGUGAAAAGUUUAAGGGGACACAAGGGAAACUUCUUCACUCGAAGGGUCAUGAGAGUGUGGAAGGAGCUGCCAGCACAUGGUCUAUGUGAGCCCGAUUUCAAUGUUUAAGAGAAGUUUGGAUUGUUACAUGGAUGGAGGAGUAUGGCGGGCUAUGGUCCCAGUGCAGGUUGAUGGGAAUAGGCAGUUUAAAUGGUUAUGGCAGGAACUAGAUGGGCUGAAGGGCCUGUUGCUGUGCUGUACUUCUCUGUGACUCUGUCUAUGGAGGGAAGUAGAUAGUUGACAUUUUGUCUCGAGGCCCCUCAUCCGGACUGAAAGGAAGAGCAGAGACAGUCAGCAUAGAAAGGUGGGAGGAA